AUGUCGUCCACAACGCUGUCGGCAGAUCAGAUCAAUUCUAUCAACAUUAUAGAGCGGGUUGGCUCCGUGUUCUCGCUCCUAGGAUGCGUUUUCAUCAUCGUCACCUUCUCUUGUUCCAAUGCUUUCCACAAGCCCAUCAACCGACUCGUCUUCUACGCGUCGUUUGGUAAUAUGAUGACGAAUGUCGGAACUCUCAUGGCGACGCAAUAUACACACCAAGUCAAUUCGUUCGGCUGCCAGUUUCAGGCGUUUUUAAUUCAAAUGUUUCUGCCAGCUGAUGCGUUCUGGACGUUGGCGAUGGCAGUCAACGUGUAUCUGACAUUCUACUUCAAGUUUGACGCCACUAAACUUCGCAAGAUGGAGAUCUGGUAUCUCAUAAUAUGCUACGGCGUACCAUUCGUGCCCGCACUCACCUUUAUUUUCCUAAGCAAGCCAGAGGCGGGGAGGAUGUACGGCGAUGCGACUCUGUGGUGCUGGGUUUCCUCAGGAUGGGACAUCUUCCGCAUCGCGACCUUCUACGGGCCAGUCUGGGUGGUGAUUCUCAUCACCUUUUUCAUCUAUAUCCGGGCAGGCCGAGAGAUAUAUAGGAAGCGCAGACAGCUACACAAGUUUGGUGGCAGCAGCAGCGCUCAUGAUCCGGAAGCGAUGACCGGAGACGACCUAUAUUCAGUGAAGACCACCGAAAUCAGUGUCACCACCGAAUCUGCUGAUGUGGCACAAGAAGAACAAGGCAUUGAUUUGCGACCCCUGGGCCGGAGCGCUUCUGUGUCUGGCCCUGAACCGACGAAGAACCCUGCGUACUCAGUAACGAUAUCGUCCAACGCCAAAGGCGACCGCCGAUCGCAAAUUGCUCCUGUCAGCUCCAGCCCUAGCAACAACAAUGACAAUAACGCAGACAUCCAGCCACCACCGACGGCUCGAGGUCGACCCAGAACGAAGCGAAGAAAUUUCGAAGCGAACAACGCCGCCUGGUCAUACACGAAAUGUGCCAUUCUAUUCUUUACUGCCCUUCUCGUCACCUGGAUCCCGUCCUCUGCGAACCGAGUGUACAGUGUAAUCCACGUAGGCGACACCUCAAUCCCCCUAGAGUACAUGAGUGCGCUGGUACUUCCGCUCCAGGGGUUUUGGAACGCGCUCAUCUACAUGGUCACGUCGUGGACCGCCGUCAAGUUGUUCUUCUCGGAUAUCGGACGUCGUGCACAGAAGCGUCCGGCCUCGUCGCAUUACCCUAGCGAUUUCCACGACAAGCGCAACUUCACGUUCAGACUCUCCAACCGGAAUCCGCAUAAGCACUUGGAGAGCGAGAGCAUGACGGAGCUCGCCAAUAGCACAAGACCGAGUUCAAACGAAGAGCCGAAGGGGGAUGCUUCAUGA